AAAGAACGGACAGACAUUGCUUGCUUUGAAAAUGAGCGCACGUUCGCCGCACAGCGAUCCGGCCUUGGCGGGAUUGCCGCAGCUAAUUGAAGAUUUGCAGCGACUGUGCGAGGAUCAGGACAGCGCCGAUGUGGUCUUUAUAUGUGGUCGGGACGACGAGAAGAUCUACGCACACAGAAGCAUUCUAAUGGCGCGCUGCAAGAGCUUUAAGACCGCGAAGCGCGGCGAGGUCUGCCGGAUUCCCAUUCCGGGCUGCACAGUCUCGCCGGCGGCACCGGGCACUGGCACGCCGACAGCAAUACGAUUGCCGCAUAUUAAUGCCGAAUUGUUUCGACAGUUUAUAUUGUAUGUGUACACUGCAAAGCUUAUGCUGCAGGAUUAUCGCGUCUUCGAAAUGUUAACCCUGGCUCAAGACAUGGGCGUCUUUGAGCUGCGUGCCGCUUGCGAGGAUCAUGUUAUUUCCACACUGUCUGUAGAUAAUGCAUGCACUUUUUUGACCGCAGUCAUGGAUAUACACGAGAAAGCAGGUGCCAAGUGCGCGGCUUCGUUUAUGGAGCGCUGCAUCAUUUAUAUCGGAGAGAAUGCCGGCGAGUGUGUUAAAACAAACUCGUUUCUUACACUUACCAAGGAGGCGCUCAUCAAAAUCAUAUCAUCGGACUAUUUCUGUUUGGAGGAGGAGGAGGUUUGGCGCUGUGUUUUAGCUUGGGCCAAAUACCAGGCGGGCGUCACCCAGCCCACAGCCCACUGGACCGAGGAAGAGCGUGCUCGCGUCUGUCAGCAUUUGAGCGGCGUGAUGGGCCAUGUGCGCCUGCUCUUGAUCGAUAGCCAGGUGUUUGCCGAAGAAGUGGAGCCCACUGGCGCUGUGCCCAUGGAGCUUUCGCUGGAACGCUAUCGCUACGCUGCCCUGCAUCCCAAUAAGUUGGUGGACAAUGAUAAGCGUCUGCAGCCGCGCCUUGCGGUCAACAUGUUUCCGGGCUCGCAAAUCUUGCGCAACGAUAAGCUGCCAUUGCAGGGCAUACUCAACGGCUGGUUUGGUGUGCCCAAGCAGAGCUGGCGUUUGGUUUUCCGCGCCUCGACGCACGGCUUUGGCUCUAGCUCGUUUCAUCGUUAUUGCGAUGGCGUCGCCCCGUGCAUGGUUAUUGGAUUGGGCGCACAUGGCGAGAUUAGUGGUGGCUAUACGGAUGUCGCCUGGGCCAAGACCAGUCGCAAGGGUGGCUAUUUGCAUUCGGAGCGCGCAUUCCUGUUCAUGUUGAAUCCACCAAAUGGCGAACAGCCCGCCAAAUUUGAUAUCGUCAAGAAACCAUAUGCCAUCUGCUAUCAUCCAGACUGCGGUCCCAUAUUUGGAGCUGGUGCCGAUCUGCUCAUAUCCAGCAACUGUAACGUGAACACGGACUCGUACUCCAAUUUGCCACACUCCUACGACGGACCCAGCGCCGCACAUGUGACGCUCUUUGGCGAUUACAAUUUCGCGAUCAGCGAUUAUGAGGUUUACACUCUGGCCGCCACCCACGGACAUGGGCACGGGCACAGUCAUAGCCAAAGCCUGGCGAGCAAUGGCCAAGCGCCGGGCGUGCCCAGCAAAACAAAAUAUGAUAGAUACUAAGUUAACAAUUAGACAGACAUUUUUGUAGUUCCAAUUGCCCAGCAGCUCUCAGCUGG